AUGGUGUCUUCUGUUCCAGAGAACUGUGGACGACGCUUCAGCUUCCGUGCGCCCCUGUCGGCUCACGCUCGGAUAGUUGGCGGGGUGCUUGGUGAACGGGGCCGCUGGCCGUGGGUGGCCGAGGUCCGGCUGAACGGGUACGGCCACUGGUGCGGGGGCGCGCUCAUUCGUGACUGCUGGGUCCUCAGCGCGGCGCACUGCUUCUACGAUUAUUCCAAGUCGUCCUUCACGGUUCGCCUGGGGGAGUACAACCUGAGCUCCGCGGAGAGUGGCGAGCAGGUCUUCUCCAUAGAGCGCAUGUUUCUACACCCGGACUACCACCCCAUCACCAAUCACAAUGAUAUAGUGUUGGUGCGGCUGAGAGAGCAUGCUGAUGGGACCUGCGCCAGAACAGGACCAUAUGUCCGGCCCGCCUGCCUACCAACGCCCGGGGAGACCCUGCAGCCCGGCAGCAACUGUAGCAUCGUGGGCUGGGGAAAGGCCAAUUCCAGUGAUACCUCGUUCUCAGAUAUCCUCAUGGAGGCGUCUGUUCCCUUCAUCCCGCGACAGGAAUGCCGGGAUAGGGCGUACGGGAACAUGGUAACGGACCGGAUGACGUGCGCAGGAUUCUGGGAAGGAGGGGUGGAUACGUGUCAGGGCGACAGUGGAGGGCCGUUGCUAUGCCAACAGGACGACCGUUGGACGGUGUGGGGAGUGACGUCAUGGGGUGACGGGUGCGCGCGGCCCAACUGGCCGGGUGUGUACACCGCAGUAGAGGAGUUCCUCGGCUGGAUCCAGGAGACCAUUCAGGCGGCCGGCUGAGCCAGCGAUAGUCCUACGGUCCCAUGUGCAUCUGUGGCCGUGGGGCAUGUAACCUCGCACGAGCUCUGAAGCCACAGUUUUGUCCCGAUGAACUGCCUGAUAUCGCGGGAGUACCUCUCGGUGUUUUCGCGACAUCUAUUUGUUAAUGGGUCCCGAGAUGUUUUUAAGUUUGUUUAAAAAAAAUCCAGGGGCCCAGCUGUGCCCCCAAAAUAGCCCAUGAGCUGUAGGGUGCCCCGCAUGACCACGAAGGGGCGACGCCUGAAAGUGCUAAAAACAGCCCCUGAAUUAUCCGGAGGGAUCCUUUCCCCCAAAUAGGACCGUAGCAUAACUUAUAUCUGUACAUUAGGCAUUCUCUCACUGGUUCAAUUAACGUAUGAUGAAUUCACUUCGCACGAAUUAGCUGUGCAAACAAUGUUAUGAUGGUGAUUAUUCGGUGUCGACCUGUCCGUCAAAUAAGGCUUAAAUGAACUCCCUUGUCCUUCUUGAUACAUUCUAGACUGUUCGUGUCAGUUAAGUGAAAUUGUACAGUUCGCGUGUAAACGUUGGAAAUUGCAGGAACGUUAUGACUUGUAAACAACAUACGAUUCAUACACAUAAACCUGUUUUGGGAACGGGUAUCUGAAUGUACUUAAGUAUGGAUUUUCCUGAGUAAUGAAAUAUGAUUUUACAUUUU